AUGGCUUGCUGUUUAUUAGAAUUGGCUAUACCUACUAACUGGGAAUACCAAAAUCAAGAAGAGAUCAAAGAUGGCUACUUUCACAUAGCCGAUGUUACAAAUCAGGAGGAAAUAAAUGAAAUUUCUAGCAUUCCAGAACUCGGUGGAAUCAGAGUUAAUAGGUUACAAAGAGUUGAAAAUUGGAAUUUAUACAGAAGGUAUCAGAUCAUGAAAGCUGACGUGACUGCAGCUGUUCAGAAAUAUAAACCAGGAACUCAAGUUGAAAGACGCCUCUUUCAUGGUACUGAUAGUAGCAAAGUAGCUGGGAUAUGUAAGAACGGUUUUGAUAGGGAUUAUUCAGGGACAGCUGCAGGCUCUGCAUAUGGUACAGGAACUUACUUUGCUGUCAAAGCUGAACUUUCGCGAAGAUAUGGCCAUGCAUUAUUACUAGUUCGUGUACUAACAGGAAUCUCUGGUGCAUCAAGCGGCAGUAAUCAACCUAAUUUAUCCAACAUUCCCGGAAGCCAGGAUGAACGUAUACAUUCUGCUGUGGAUAAUAUAAGCAACCCCUCUAUGUAUAUUGUAUCGAAUGAUAAUUCUGCUUAUCCAGAAUACAUUAUCCAUUUAUCGUGA